UAAAUAUGCAUUUAAACAUAAUAAUUACAUGUCACAUAGGUAUACAUUGUAUUAUAUUUAACACGGACGUUUGACUGCUACGUUGUUCGAAUUCCAGAGACGUUUGUUUGUUUACUAAUAUUUGUCUACUACUUAUGAAAGAUCUUUCUAGGUAUUUGAAAAGAUAUUAAAACAAUGUCGUCGAUUAAAAUAUUAUUGACCCUUUUGUAUAUUUUGUGUGUAUGUGUGUGUAAUUAAUAAAAUAUCCCAUGAAAGCUCAUUGUCGUCGUCGUCGUCGUCAUUGUCGAUCCGUUGGAAUCGAUCCUCGCGAAGUAUCGAUUAUGCUUUUAGACGUUAACGCGAGGUGUUGCUGCAAAAUAUUUUGGAAAGAUUGCAAAAAUAAGCAAAAGAACUUUAAAUAUAAAAAGAAAAAUUACACGUCAGAUAUGAUAAAUUUGACAUUUUCACAAAAUAAUGUUUUCAUAUGGAACGCCUGCGAUUGGUUAACACUGCGAAAGGAGCAUAGGAUAAUUGGAGAAUUAGUAGGUUGUCUUGCAAAAUAUCCUCGGCAAGAAGUACUUUCAGGUCUUCCAUUGCUUUUAUUUCCGGAAGAAGUUUCCCUUUUAUUAGAAAAAGGAAUUGCUCGUGUUGUUAAAUAUUCACACUUACAAUACCCACCAAGUGAAUCUUUAAAAGAAACUUUUGACCAAUAUAGGGAGAUAUUGUUUAAAGAACAAGAAAAGUGCUUAAAAGAAGAAAAAGAAAAACAGAUUGAAGCAAUGAUGGAUAAAAUUGUGGAAGGAAAAAAACGAAAGAUAUUAGGUAUGAAGACAAAUAAAAAAAAACUACGAAAGCCUUUAGAUAAAGAUUCGCAGGAAGCGUUAAAAAAUGUAAAAUUAAAUACUAAAGAUCUCUUUGACGAACAAAUGUCUAAAUUACCUAAAUUAGAAAAAAGUGAAGCACUUAUACAGACACAUACGGCAUAUCCACAAUGGAAUAAGGGUAACUUUGAAAUAGUUCAAUGGAAAUAUCCCAAUACACCGCAAGAAAAACUUCGAUAUGAAACAUUUAAAGACCUUUGGGAACGAGGAUACUACAUAACGACUGGAGAAAAAUUUGGUGGUGAUUUUUUAUUAUAUCCAGGUGAUCCUAUUAUGUUUCAUUCUCAAUUUAUAAUACAAUGCAAAAACAGAAGCGAGGAAAUACCAAUUACAGAACUUGUUGGACAGUGUCGUACAGCAAGUCAUGUUAGAAAAGUACAAGUAUUUGCUACCUUUUCCGAAGAUGGAAAAAGUGUAAAGUAUCAAUCAUUUAAGUGGGCUGAAAACAAUGGAUUUGAAAACAGAUAGCGAAUGAUUAUGUAAUAGUCUUAAUUAAUAUUCAUAUUGUCAUGUAAAGUAAAUUUCUAUACCUCCUAAACAUCUGUUAUUGUUGAUUAUUAUUUUUAACUAUGAAAAAAUAUGAAAUAAUUGCACUAUUUACUUUAGAUGUUUUCGCAUUAAAAUAAAUGUUCUAUAAAAAUGA